CACUGGCAGAGUGAUACCAUGGCAUUGUCAUGGUCAAUGGUCAAAGGUAUUUCUGCUAUUGUGGUAGCCAAGUUAGUUGACAUGUAAGUAUUCAUUCUUCUAGUGUCUUGCUUGUCUCUUUAUGGCAGUGGUUCUCAACCUUCCUAAUACCGCGACCCUUUAAUGCAGUUUCUCUUGUUGUGGUGACCCCCAACCAUGCAAUUCUUUUCCUUGCUACUUCAUAAAUAUGUGUUUUCCGAUGGUCUUAGGCGACCUGUGUGUAAGAGUCGUUCGACCCCCUAAAGGGGUCACGACCCACAGGUUGAGAAACGCUGCUUUAGGGGAACAUUUAUUUUAAAGAGCAUGUGUGUGUUUUAAAAGAGUCCCUUUACUUUAAAUGGGGGCAAAUUAAAGGUGAUGUUGUCUUUUAAUGACAUGGAUGAAAAGGUAAUAAAAUGGUACAAAGUAUGCCAAAGCUUUAAAGGACAUGCAACUUAACACCCAAUGUGUCUUCCAAUAAGUUUCCUUGGUAAACAGUAAAAAAAAAAAUGUUUUAAAUAAAGAUAAAUGCUCUUGAAAAAUUAGAAUCAUUCUUAGUGUCAGUUUAUUCUUACAUUCUGUAAGCUUAGUUUCACUAUUUUAUUUAUUAUUUAUCCUUUUUUUUAUAUAUUAAAGGAAGGCUUUUAGUCAACACAUUGUUUCAAACUUUCACAUACUUAGGAUGUGUCAGAUUGUUGCCAAGCAAUUAGGUAUGUAUUGUGCGGCUAAAGGCACUGAGUCUGAGAAGGCUAAAGUUGGCACUGUGCUCACAGUUUCUCUUUUAAAAACAUAUGAGGCAACACCAUUAAGUGGAUGUUGUAAACAUCAUUUCUCAAUAUAGAAAAAAAACAUGUUUUUUUCAUUACUUUCACCAUGUGUAAUUUUUAAUUUUUUUGAACCCAUGGUCAAAAUGUGGACAUUUUUAAAGAAGAAAGUGGGUGAUAAAAGUUAUUUUUUUUUAAAGCUGAUAUAAAUGUGUGUACAUAAUUAUAAUGUAAAUCCUAAUCCUAAUGCCCCUUUUUUUUUCCUUUGUGCUUGUAUGUAUUAAAAAAAAUCUAUAUUUUAAACGGCUCAUUGUAAUAUAUCAGACAUGUUUACCCUCAAACUCUUAAAAUCGUACAUUAUCAUCACAAAAUUGUUCAAUACAUUAUCAUAGUAGUAAAAAUAAACAUACAGUAUAUAUAACGUAUACACCUCAAAAUCGUACAUUGUACGCCAAAAUCGUAAGAGUAAACAGGUCUGAUAUAUCCACAGAAUAAGCCCUUUAAUUUAGGCUUAAACUAUUUUUUAGUAUUUUUUGUUGUUAUUCUUUUGCCUUUAGGGGCUUACUUGAUUAUCAAAAAGAGGUGUAUCAUUACUGGCCUCAGUUUGCUGCUCAAAACAAGAAGAAUAUAACUGUGGAGAUGCUAAUGAGUCACCAGGCAAGUCAAUUUAAACAUCAUUUUCAAUAUUUUGAUUGACACGAAUAGGUCAUAAACUUCCACCUACGCACAGGACACAUACAACUUAAUUUGCAUAAAUCACGAUGAAAUACCAAUGUGCCACUUCUGGAAACAUCCGAAUGGGGCAGUAACACCCACCUCUUCCACUGCUCAACACUUCAAGACGUAUUCCUAAACCAUCUACCAAAAAUACUAGACAAUACCAACACCCUAUGUACCAACAAAGAACAGCUGUGGAGAAGGUAGAUUCAUCAAAUGGCCACUGGAUCUGAACCAUGAUGAUUCAAUAUUUUGAUUAAGUAGAAAUCUUCACUGAAAUUUUCGUCAUUAUUGAUAAAGAUAAGAUUAGAGUCUUAUAUUGAUCCAAAUAAGUGGAAAAGUUUUUUUAUUACAUUGUACAUAUUCAUUUUCAGCUCAUAAGUAAAUACAUAUUUUAACCAAGACAACAUUUUACAGUUAGAUCAAUUUAAACACAAGACAUCUUUAAGUAUUUCUCUAGCAUACAAAUCAACCAUCAUAUACCAAAAAAAAACAAACAAACAAAAAACAAAAAAAACUUUCUUAGGACAAAUUGAUUUAAUUAGUGAUCAUUUAGAUUUGGUAAUCCCUAAGAGAUCACGCGGGUAAAAAAUUCUAACAGACAGGGGAACAAAAGAAUUUUUGUAUCUUUCUGUCCUAACUUUAAGGAAAGGAAUUCGAGCUGAUCUUAGGUAUCUGUGAUGAAGAAGGUGGCAUGUGUCAUCCAAAGAGCUGGCAAAAUAUUAUUUAUAAAUUUCUUCACAUUGUCCUACUUCCAGGCAGGACUCAUUGGUCUUGAAGAGAAGAUUACUUUUUAUGACUACCGUGACGAUUGGUCAAAAGUAGAGAACUUGUUAGCUAUUCAAGCCCCUAAAUGGCCUGCAGGUUUGUAUAUCAUAACUGUUAAUUUGUCGCAAAGCACCAUUUGAUGUAAUUGUUUGCACGGAGUAUUUGUGUAUCUUUUUCCCCUGUAAUUAUUCUGUAACAAACAACUUUAUUGCAAUGAAGACAUCUGAUUUGGGAAUCACUAUCACUCAAGUAACCAUGAUCUACUUAAAUUAAACUAAGCUUCUUUGUUUCUAUACUACAGGGUCUGCUGUAGGCUAUCAUGGUCUGACAUUAGGCAUGUACGCUGAUGCUUUAGUACGAAAGGUGGAUCCACAGCACAGGAAUCUCUCUGUAUUCUUCCAAGAUGAAAUCGCAAGACCAUUUGGUCAGUUCCCAUAUUCUUAAGUUAAGAAAAUCUGUAUUAAAGAGAUAUCAUUGCUACUGCAACAAUUAUUACUGACCAAUCACAACUUCACAGGGUCCAAUAUAGUUGCCAAAAAAACAAUGAAAGUAAAGAUGGCAAUUUUAAAAUAUUAUCAUUUUUAAACAAAUGUUAAUUUCAAAAACAAAAAUCAUUAGAUGGAAGAAAAUAAUUUAUAUUUAGCCCAAGACCACAUAAAUUGUAUAUCUUACAUUUUUGUACUGAAUUUCAAGAAAAUAAGUAAAUAGCCCAAAUAUUAGUUACUAGCAACCAGCCUUCGCCCCACCCCUAGACCUUGGACAUGGUAAAUUUUUUACUGUGGUCAGUGUGGAUCAAGCCAGUCAUUGUAUUGGUGUUUAAUUCAAGAUUUCUCUAUGAAUAUCAGUAAUACAAAAAGUUACCAGUUAAAAAUUGUUACAACUGAUGACAAUUAAGUAGUAAUAGUGAUAACAAUUUCAAAUUUUUCAUCAAAUUACACUGUGAUAAUUAUAGUUCGCCUAUAAUACUAUAAUUUUUAUUUUGGUUUGAAUUCUUAACAAAACAUGUUGUUCCAUACUUGUGGGUUGGAGUACAGUGUACUUUUUCUUUUUGCCCUCCUUACAAAAAUCACCCCCACCCACAAAUAAAAAAAUUAUAAAAAAUAAUUUUAAAAUUUGUUUUGUUUUCUUACCCAUAUUAAUUUUAUUACCUGGAAAAAUUCAAAAGACAGACAGGGUAUGGGGGAUUUUUAUUCCCCCCCCCCCCAACUCUGAUUGAAAGCAACCCCUGUGUAGAAGCCCAUCACCACUUUUUUUACCAGUAAUCAUUUUUCCAGAAGAAUCAGUAUAAAAUAUUCUCUGCCAUCAUCCAUUAAAUCCUCCCAUGGUUAGCUUACUAUUACAAUUUAUUCUCACUUAUUUCAUGUCAGGACUUGAUUAUAUUUCAUUAGUCUUAGGAAUGCAUGGACUGAAUGAUAAGCUUUCAACCUAACAUUCCAUUGCACAACACAUGGUUAACACUUAAAUUUUAUUCAACUCUGAUAGACAUUGAGUACUACAUAGGACUUCCACUGGAGCAGUACCACAGAUUUGCCAGGUACAAAGCUGCUAGCUUCUGGGAACAGCGGUUCAGCUACAUGGAUUUGUUUGAGUUGACAUUUAACCCCUACUUUCAAACUGCAUUGGGUUUCAUGGAUGGGGGUGGAGAAAAGGUUGGAAUUCAUCUGUUAAGUUUGUGUGCUCUUACAUCAUCUAUUGAUAACCCUUGCAAAUCCCUAUAUAGUCUAAAAUUAUAGUUAUAAAAUAUAUUAUAACCAACAUACAUACACGCACAUGGCGUACAACCCUCUUCACCCCCUUUGGAAUAAAAUAAAAAAUUAAUAAUAUUUUAAGGUACUGUAUAUACCGACAUAUGGUUCGCACUCUUUUUAGCAAACAUUUUUAUAAAAAUCGGAGGCACGACCUAUUCACUCAACAUCAAUUUCGUUUACCGUAAUUCAGUGUGGAGUAGUCAUUUAUACGGAGAAUAGUUUUUUCCCUUGCUCUCACUCAGGCUCGCGCAAAUGGUAAUAAGUCUUUUUAUGUUCAUUAAAGAUGGCGUAGUUCAAGACGUUUGCUUGUCUGUCUUCAAGUUGUUAUGGAAACAUUUUUAUGUUAUCCUUUAUAAAAAAUAUUUGUUGUAUAUACAUUAAAAAGGGCCAUGUAACUCCACAAACUAAGUGUGCGACUGAUCUGCUGGGCCACAAAUAACAGCUUUGACAACCCCAAACUGUUGGGACGUUAUACACCAGUAGAAACAGUAAUAAUAAUUUUCAAUUAAAUAUCUUUAAGAAAUAAACAAGGUCAAAGAAAGUGAGUUUAAAUUUGUAAACAUAUAAAAACAUUAAUUGAAGUUUGUAAAUUUUUUUUUUUAAAAAGGCACUGAACAAUCCUGAGCUCCUGUCAAUAGGAAUGCCUUCUGGAAAUGGUAUUGGAACUGCCAGAAGCAUUGCCAAACUGUAUGAUUUUAUAGCUAAUAGGGGGAGCAUAAAGGGAAAACAACUUCUGUCUCCUGGUGUUGUGGAGGCACUGAUGCAACCUAUCACACA